CGAUAACUCUCGAACCGUCGCGGCUUUUACCGAUUAAUUAACGGAACUCGGUUUAACGGCAAGUCGCCGCUCAGACCCCGUGUGUCCACACGGCGGCGUCACAGAGCCGAGCCGCUUCCCCCGCCGGCUAUUUUUGUCCGGGCACGCCGAGUGUCGGGUUCCAGCGGGCCGCCAGCUCCCCUCUCUGCCCCCGCCUGCUUCGCCAUGUUGUCGGCUUAAAUCUGUGGGCCAGUUUUCAGACUUCACCGCAGAAAAAGUUCCUCUGCCGGCUUCAACCGUACGAAGAUGUCGAGCGUGUCCUACCACAUCUCCAACCUGCUGGAGAAGAUGACCUCCACCGACAAAGACUUCAGGUUCAUGGCCACCAAUGACCUGAUGCUGGAGCUGCAGAAGGACAGCAUUAAGCUGGAUGAGGACAGCGAGAGACGAGUGGUGAGCAUGCUGCUCAAACUGCUGGAGGACAAGAACGGGGAGGUGCAGAACCUGGCUGUGAAAUGCCUGGCGCCUCUGGUGAGUAAGGUGAAGGAGCCGCAGGUGGAGACGAUCGUGGACGUGCUGUGUUUGAACAUGACGUCAGACAAAGAGCAGCUGAGAGACAUUUCCAGCAUGGGACUGAAGACCGUCAUCGCUGAGCUGCCGCUGACUUCAUCAGGCUUGACCCUGACAGGAAGUGUGUGUAAGAAGAUUACCUCCCAGCUGAUUGGUGCCAUGGGCAAACAGGAAGACGUGUCUGUUCAGUUAGAGGCUCUGGACAUCCUGUCAGACAUGCUGGGAAGGCUGAGUGGUGCACUGGUCAGUUUCCACAGCUCUCUGCUCUCCAGCCUGUUGCCUCAGUUAACCAGCUCCAGAAUGGCGGUCAGGAAACGCUCCAUCUUGGCUCUUGGUCACCUGGUGCCCUGCUGUAGCCCCGCCCUCUUCUCCCAGCUGACGGAACACCUGAUGACGGAGCUGGCCGAGGGUCCGCCCACAUCAAUGACAAGGACGUACAUCCAGUGCCUGGCCACCAUUAGCCGUCAGGGCGGCCAUCGAGUGGGGGAGCAUUUAGAGAAGUUGAUCCCAAUGGUGGUAAAGUUCACCGGGGUAGAAGAUGAUGAGCUGAGAGAGUAUUGUUUCCAGGCCUUUGAAGCGUUUAUACGCAGGUGUCCAAAGGAGAUGUCCCCUCACAUUGCCACAGUGACUCAGCUUUGUCUCAAGUUCAUGACCUUUGACCCCAACUACAACUAUGAUGACUGUGAGGAGGAGGAUGAAGAUGGGAUGGACACAGAGGACGAGCUUGAGGAAGAGUCGGACGACGAGUACAGCGACGAUGACGAUAUGAGCUGGAAGGUGCGGCGCUCUUCCAUCAAGUGUCUGGAGGCGUUGAUCAGCACACGCCUGGACCUCCUGCUCUCCUUCUACUCCUCCAUCUGCCCCGCUCUGCUGGCCCGAUUCAAGGAGCGCGAGGAGAACGUCCGGGCCGACGUCUUUGCUGCUUUUUCAACGCUGCUGAGACAAACGCGGGUGGCAUCGAGUCGCCAAAGCCUCAUCGCGCCUGGUUCUGAUCCCGGGGUGAGAAGAGAGGAAGAGCCGGCAGUCGCUUUGCUGAAGGAGCAGGUGCCGGCGACGGUGAAAGCUCUGCACAGACAGCUGAAGGAGAAGAGCAUCAAAUCUCGACAGGGCUGCUUCUGCCUCCUCACUGAGCUGGCUCACACUGUACCUGGAUCCCUGCAAGAGCACAUACCUGCCCUCAUACCCGGCAUCGUUUUCUCCCUGAUGGACAGGUCCACACCGUCCACCAUGAGGAUCGAUGCUCUCUCCUUCUUCAACGUCCUGCUCCUCUCCCACCCUCCUCAGGCCUUUCAGCCACACAUGCAGGUACUGCUGCCCCCAGUGGUGGCAUGCGUCGAGGACACUUUCUAUAAAAUCACCUCGGAGGCUCUGCUGGUCAUCCAGCACCUGGUCAAAGUGAUGAGACCGCAGGGACAAGCCGGAGGAUUCGAGCCCAAACCCUUCAUUAAAGAGGUGUUUCCAGUAACGAUGAAGAGGCUCAAAGCAACAGACAUCGACCAGGAAGUGAAAGAGCGGGCGAUUUCGUGUAUGGGUCACAUUGUGUGUCACCUUGGCGACCACCUGGGGGCCGAAGUUCAGGGCGUGUUGUCGAUCUUUCUGGAGAGAUUAAAGAAUGAGAUCACAAGACUAACAGCAGUUAGGACCCUCACCCUCGUCUCUGCGUCUCCGUUCAAGGUCCACCUGUCAUCCAUCCUGCCAGAAGCUCUGUCGGUGCUGGGAUCUUUCCUGAGGAAGAAUCAGCGGGCGCUGAAGCUCGGGACGCUGGCGUGUCUGACGGCGAUGGUCGCUCAUCACGCUGCCAGCAUCAAACCUGCGGCGCUGGAGCCCGUGCUGAGCGAGCUCCCCGCUCUGGUGGAUGAGAGUGACAUGCAUGUUUCACAGGUGUCCAUCACCCUGCUGACCUGUGUGGCCAGAGCCUACCCCUCCUCGCUGGCUAAGAUCAGCUCGUCUGUUCUGCCGGGAGUCUUCAGACUCAUCCAUUCGCCGCUGCUGCAGGGCAGCGCGCUGGAAGCAAUACUGGAGUUCCUGCGGGCCCUGGUGCUGUCCAAAACCACUAAUCUGAGCUACAGUCAGUUGCUGAAGUCUCUCUCGGAGCCGUUUCACAGACCUCGGUCCUCUGCAGACAGCAGCAUCAUCCACAGGCAGUCCUACCACUCUGUGGCUCGCUGUGUGGCUGCUCUGUCCUCUGCUUCUCCCAAAGAGACUCCAGGCACCGUGGCCGGCUUCAUACAGCAGGUGAAGAAUCCCGGCUCUCCCGAGUCUACUCGUGUCCUCGCCCUGCUGUGUCUGGGGGAGGUGGGGAGGAACGGCAGUCUGGGAGGAAGUAAGGAAGUGCAGGGAGUCAUCUUGGAGGCCUUCUCCUCCCCCAGUGAGGAGGUGAAGACGGCAGCCUCCUGCGCUUUAGGCAACAUGGCCGUCGGCAGCCUGAACGAUUACCUGCCCUUCCUCCUGACGGAGAUCUCAGCCCAGCCACGGAGACAGUACCUGCUGCUUCACUCCCUCAAAGAAGUCAUCAGUGCCUGUGCAGCCUCUAGUCUCUCACCCCACGUGGAGUCCGUCUGGGCCCUGCUGAUUCAGAACUGUGAGUGUCAGGAGGAGGGAACCAGGAACCUGGUGGCUGAAUGUCUGGGAAAACUGACCUUAGUCAGCCCGGCACAGCUCCUGCCCCGACUUAAGCAACAACUGCAGACUGGUUCUCCUCUGGCUCGCAGCACGGUGGUGACGGCCAUCAAGUUCACUAUCGUUGACCAUCCGGCGCCCAUCGACUCUCUGCUGAAAGACUGCAUAGGCCUGGACUCGUUUCCUGCCGUCUGCUCGGUGUGACUGGCAUUUCAAAGCGGAGGAUGCCGAGCAUCUCCGGUGUUGUGCAGGAUUGCUCCAGCUGUGCCCGGCUUUAAACACAUCUGUACAUCAGCUUCAGUUUCCUGCUGAAGUUAAAGCAGUGAAAAUAUUCUAACCCUUCAUGUUUUAGAUGGUUAAAUGUGUUUCUGGUACUGGCCCGGUCCAAAGCAGUACAGUUGUGCUCCUGUCUGCUGACAUGGUGUGAGCAGAGACUGUAUGUAAAAGUAUUGGCGGGGGGGUCAUCCUCCUGGUUUGGUGGAGCCAGAAUUGAGGGUGGUGGAGUGCUUCUAAGUGAUCUGCUGAUGCUCGUUAGUUUGGCAGCAAACUGCAUACAUGUGCAGACUUUGAGGAUCACGGAUGUCGAAGUCGAGUCCUGAGACGUGAUUUGAUCCGAGGAUAAAAUCAAAAUGAUUGUCCCGCCUCCUCCAACAUGAGCCCCCUUUAAUAAAGUCAUUUUGAAUCAGACCUGGAGGAAUCAGACCAAAAUGUAAUGUUACCAAGUGGUUAGUGGUGAACACAGUUGUCAAGUGAAAGGUUGCUGGUUUGAUUCUGGCCAGACACACAAAUCCCCUUUGGUGUUAGAAAUGGGAUUCAGUGUAAAACUGACUGUGGCGACCCCUGGUGGCAGCUGUGAGCAGCGUUGUGCCGAGUAGCCUCAGAUGGAAGCUGGUUUCUGACGCUAAAAUAAAAACUGCCAUCCAUAACUCCAAAUUUAAAGUUAAUAAAAUUUUGACUUAAUUUCAACUUGAAAUUCAACUCUAGGAUGGCAAAAUGAAUUCAGCUUCCGUAGCCUCCUGAUGCUACUGUGAGGUGUAAUGUUAGUUAGCUUAAGCAUUUAUAUAAUGUUAGCCAAUCCAAACAGAGGUUUGUCUUCAUCAGCAGGGACAGAAAAUGGUGACGUACCACCAUACCUGCUCCAUCAGCAAAGUGGGGAGGAGCUGUCACAACAACUUCUCCUCCUCCUCCUCCAUGUAAGGACAGACUGGAGCACUUGUAGGUGCAUGUAGCCGGUUCCAGAGGAUUUACAGCCUUGGUACAUCCUGUCCUAAAAUACAGGUUUUUGUAUAAUUAAGUGCCCAGACUCUGCCACAUCAUUUGUGUUAUAUUGAGGAGCCUGCCUCGAGUGGUCAUCGUAGGAGCUGCAGUUGUCACUUUUGUGUUGGUAGCAUUUUUCAGCCCCAGUUUGAUGGCUGGAGGUGCUGACAUCAGUCUACUGUAGGUACACCGACUGACUGACCUUAUAUCUGAAGUGUAAUCCUGAAUCAAAUAUCUAAACCUAGACGAGGCCUCGAAAAGCACAAAAAAAGCUGUGAUGC